AUGAGUAAUUUGCUGAUUAUUUAUGCCACUUUUAUAACAAUUGUUCAUGGACUAAUUAAACCAGGUAAUUGUUUUUUUUUUCAAAUAUCGUUUUUUUAGCCAAAAUAGUCAGAAACUACAUUUCUGAAAAUUAGAAAUAAAUUUACGAAAAAAAAAAAAUUCCAACGUGAAACUUUGUAUUUGCGGCCCAUAAGAUUAGUAUUUCAUUUUUGGAAAAAAAUAUUCAAAAAAUCGGAAAAAAAUUCUGGUUUUUUUCAUUCUUUUGUUCUUUCGAGGAGUUUUUGUUCUGUUUUCAGAAACAAAAAAUCUUUUUAUAAUUAUUUUGAAAAUAUGACAUUGAGGUUCAACUUUUUCUAACCUUCAAAAGGGUUUUUUUUUCGAAAAGAACUAUGCAUAUUUUAUUUAUUUGUACAGUAUCAUUCGAUCGCCGAAAUGAGAUUAUCAAAUGACAAAACAACAGUAUGUUGUUAAUAUUAACAAUCUUUUAGAUAAUUCGUUCCGCGAUGCUUCGAUUGGCGAAUUUCGAGAAUUAUUGGUUGAUUCGAAAGCUGGAUCAUUGUUUGUUGGAUCAGAAGGAGCUAUUUUUCGAUUAUGGGCAUAUAAUGUAAAUGACACUGGAGAUAAUGUGGUGAGUUAAUCUAACUUUGAACGAUUGAGAAGCCUAAAUCUUACAUUUCAGUUUGCAAAAAAGAAACUCGAUUUGAGUGACUCAGAAGAAUCUGAAUGUAAAUCAACAGCGAGUGAUGAAAGACUAUGCCGACCAUCAACAAGAUUUAUGUCGUUCACAAAUAAUCAAGAAUCUCUUUAUAUUUGCUCUUCUGUCGGAAUGAGACCAGAAAUUCGAGUUUUGGAUGCAUUAUCUUUGCAAGAUCAACAAGAACCAAGAACUGAAAUUGGAAUUUGUGUUGUUGAUUCGACUUUUAAUACAACUGCUGUCGUUGUUGGUUAGUUUUAAAACUGAAGAAAAUAUUUCAAAUUUUUCAACUAAAAAUAUUUCAGAAAAAGGAAAUCCUGAAGAUGUUGUAUCUGUUUAUUCUGGUAUUCGAACUGGAAUGGGCGGUCAAAAUCAUUUGAUUUAUCGACCACCACUAACUAAAUCUGGAAAACAAUUACAUUCAAGUAUUCGAACAAUAUAUCCAGAUAAUAAAUGGUUCAAUGGUAAGUAAACUAACAUUUUUAUGUGUUUAUUUAUUUCGAAAAUUUUUUAGAACCUCAAUUUGUUGGUUCAUUCGAUGUUGGACAAUAUGUUAUGUUUUUCUUCCGCGAAAUUGCUCAUGAUAAUGCAUUUGGAGAGAGAAUUGUUCAUAGUAGAGUUGCUCGAGUUUGUAAAAAAGAUCUCGGAGGACGAAAUGUUUUACGACAAGUUUGGACCAGUUUUGUCAAGGCUAGAUUAAACUGUUCCGUAUCAGCUAACUUCCCCUUUUAUUUUGAUCAUAUUCGUAAGUUAGAAAAAUUGGAAAGAAAUAGAUUAUCUUUAUCUUUCAGAAUCUGUUGAACGAGUCGAUAAAAAUGGAGAAACUUAUUUUUACGGAACAUUUAGCACAUCAGAAACGGCUUUUACUUCUUCAGCAGUUUGCAUGUUCCAAUUAUCUAGUAUAAAUCAUGUAAGUUUUCUAGAAUACAAAAGUAAUACCAAUCAAAACGUUAUUUAAUUUUAGCUUAUGGAUACUGGUUUGUUACUUGAAGAAACAGCAAAUGGUUUGAGUACUGUAACAUCAGAUGAUACACCAUCUCACCGUCCUGGAACAUGUACUUCGAACUCACAUUCGAUAUCGGAUAGUGAUUUACACUUUGCCAAAACCCAUCUUCUGUUAGCUGAUGCUAUUUCGGGUGGACAACCCAUUCUUCCACUUCGUGAUGUUGUUUAUACACAUCUCGCUGUUGAUGUCUUACAAAAUCAAAAUAUUCUAUUUAUUUUUGAUUCAUUGUGAGUUUUCAAUUUUUUAAAUAGAAAUCCUGUCGAAUUCUUAUUUUCAGGCACAAAAAGAUGUGGAAAGUUUCACACUGGAAAGAGGGAAAUGAAUGGAAAUCAAACUUGAUUGAACAACAAAACUUAUACAUCGAUUCUAAUAUAAACGACGUGGCAUUACUUCCUAAUGAAUUUUUCUUCGUUUCUUCGAAGUCAAAAAUAUCACAAUUUUCGGUGUCUCGAUGUGAUUAUUUCCCAUCAUGUGCUUUAUGUUCACUUGAUCCAUACUGUAGUUGGAAUGCUGUCAAUUCAGUUUGUAAACAAAAACAGAAAUCGCAUGAAAAAAGUGUCGGGUAAGUUCUUGAGUUUUUGUUAAUUGAAAACUUUUUCGAACUUUUUUUUUUGAAGAUGGAUUUCAUCUUCAUGGGCUGGUCAUAUUUCACCUGAAUGUAGUGCGGUCGAAAAAAUGACAAUUCGCGAUGUUUACCUUGGAGAUGGUAUCAAAAUUGAUGGAACAAUGGAUGGAAUAUGGCAAAAAGAUGGAGAAACAAUAGAAACUCACAAGAAAAUGCAUGUCACUAAUUCUGGACAACUUAUCAUUUUGAAUAUUGAACCAAGUGAUUCAGGAACAUAUGAAUGUCUACGAAACAAUGCAAUUGUUGUGAGAACACGAGUUGUCGUGCACGGUUAGUAAUGAAAAUCAAAAAUAUUUAAAAUAAAAAAUGAAUACAUUUUAGAAAACUGUGCUCGUCCAACAUCAGUUGCCGAAUAUAGAUCAUGUCAAAGAGAAUGGUGUAAAAAAUCGGAUGCUUAUAGAACUGCUCUCAACAUUUGGGGAGAAUCUAACAAGAAAAAUGUACAAUGUAUGGCAAACGGUUCAUCAAUCAACUAA